AUGCAAGGACUAAGACUAAGGAUAAGUAUAAAGGCUGAGGUUGAGGCUAAGGCUAAAGAUAAGGCUAAGGCUAAAUCUACGGCUAAGACAAGAGCUAAGGCUAUGGUUGAUCCUGAGGCUAGGGCUAAGUCUAAGGGUAAGACUAAGCCCCAGGCUCAAGUUUACGCUCAAGCUUUGGCUCAAGAUAAGGCUAAAAGUGAGGCUGGGUCUAAGCUUAAGGCUAUCGCUAACAAGCUCAAGCUAAGGUUAAAUUUCAGGCUCAGACUUAGACUAAAGUUUAGGCUACGACAAACUCGGACUCCAAGGUUAAAGUAACGACUCAGGUUUAGACUCAAGGUCUGGCUCAAGAUAAGGCUAAAACUGAGGCUGGGUGUAAGCUUAAGGCUAAGGCCAAGACUAUAGCUAUGACAAGAACUAGGUUACAAUAACGCGAAGAAUAUCAAAAUCUUAAGAUCUUCCCCAUCUAACGUAAAGAAUAGUAAGAUACCUCAUCCCUGUGUAAAUACAUCCACACUUAACCCACUAUUCAGAACUCACGACGUUGGAUCCGACGUUUUUCGACAAAACUUUCUUUCCGAUUUUACAUCAAUGUUUUAAGGUCGCCGCCUUUUCGCAACGAAUUGGUGGGGGAAAAUGUGAUAAGAAAGUGAGAAAAACGAAACAAAAUCUCAAAAUCAAAACAUUUUGGUUUGGGGAGAAAGUUCCGAACCGACGAGCGUGAUAAGAUAAAAAGUUUUAUGUAAAUACCCUACUCAACCUUACCCUACCCACCCUGCCGCAGACUUGGCCCAGUUCUACCUGAACCUUAUCGUAGCCAGUUUUGCCUAAACGGUCCGGGCAAUUUUUUUGCAAGUCCGGCCCGGCUACGUUUGAGAUCCGGUCUUACCCUACCCCGGUUCUGACCGGCCCAGAAAUUUUUUUUUCGGUCCGGUCUAGACCGGACAAUUCAAUAUAACACUGAUCUUAGUCCUAGCUUUUCUCCACCUUACUAGAUAUGAAAGUGGACCUACUCGAUACUGCCCUUGACCCAAGCUGGCUUGACCUAUCCUUAAAAGCGUUUACUGUAAACAUUUUAAAAAAAUCAAAUUUACAAAAACAAAAAUAAAAAGCAAGAAACGUGUUAAUUGUCUACUCAACUACUGAUUGAACAAAAGCAACCGCGGAUUGGAAUUUGUGGAAUCUGCGAAUUCCACAAAUGCGUCAUUUGAUUGUCAUAAAAAUGACGAACGAGUUAUUUUUUUCUAUCAAAACUUGUUCGAUUGAAAAAAUAUUAAACUCGGAGGAGUUAGUCAUCAAAUUCAAAAAAAUAUAACAUUUUUUAUAAAAUUCGAGAUUCAGCGUUCGGCUGUCUUAAAAAUAUUAAAAAUUGGAAAACUUCAAAUAAAUUUAUUUUUUAUUUUUUUCAAAUUUUAAUAAUUUUAAAAAAAAUAAAACAUCUUUUUCUAGGCUAUUUUUAUUUUAGGUACCAUACUCUCAAGAGUUAUUUAGUUUGGUCAAAAAUGAGUAUUGGAACUUCAGCAUCUUUCCGGGCACAGAAAGUGCUACUGAUUUGGCUGUGUAUGCUUUAUCUUGCUUCAUAAGGUAUGUUUUUAGCAAUGACUAGGUUUGGUUUGGUAAAUAGCUAAGACUAAAGCCGCGGCUAGGGCCAGGGCUAGGACUAGGACCUACGUUAAGAUAGAACUAGAGCUAGGGCUAGUGCAAAGACUAGGGCUAAAUAUAGAGCUAAAGGUAUGGCUAUGACUACAGCUAUUGUUAUAGCUAGUGCUAAAGUUAAAUCUAGAUGACUAAGGCUAUAGGUAAGGAUGGGACAGAGCUAAGCCCGGGUUAAGUUUUCGGCUAAAGCUACGGCCAGGGCCGGGCGCGAAGGGGAGGGGGGGGAGGGGGGGGUGACGAGGGAGGGUACCCCCCCAGAAAAAAAAUUUUUGAAAAAAAGUUUAAUGUGGACCUGUGUCGAUUUUUGGACCCCCGCCCCCAGACUAAAAGUCCCCGCCCGGCCCUGGUUACGGCUACAGUAUAGGCUAAAGCUAUAAAAAUCAAAAAAAAAAUAUUUUCAGGUACGGCAUUUUAUUUCCAAUUAGACUGCAACUUCUAAUAUUUGCUUCUGCCUUUAUUGGCCUAGCUGGAAUAGUGUCCUAUAUCAAACCAUAUACUCAGCGACAACGAUUGUACUGUUGUUCUGUUUAUGCUCGGUCGUUCAGCGCUUCUAUGGGUCUUGUGGCUACGUAUCAUAAUAGAGAAAACGUGCCUAGAGCACCAGGUAAGCCGAUAGCAAAACUUAUUUUAAUUUUUUAGCCUUUCACAGCCAACGAAAUUUUAUUCAAAAAAUUAACUCCCCUCCCCUGAUAAACUCAAAAAAAUUUUCGGACCCUGCCCUACUUUACUCAACUCUAAUUUACUCUACCUUACCUUACCCUACCCUAGAAAAACCCUUAAUAUUAUUAUUUACAAGCCCCAAAGGUAUCAAACUAUAACCUGCUAAACUAAAAAACUAUAUUUUAAGGCGUGGCCAUGGCGAAUCACCUAACAGCCAACGAUAUCCAAUACAUGUUUGCUGAUUUACACUUGAAUGUAGAGGAACCUCAAGGCUAUACUGUUACGGGUCAAUUACACAAAGGAAUCAUUGGCUACAUCAUAAAAAUGUCGGCCAGGAUUGCUCCAAUUUACUUUUUGGACAGAAGUAAACCUGAAGAGAGGAAGAACUUUCAGGUAUGUUAUGAUCAGGGCUUCGCGAGUUUUCGAGAGCAGUACCCGAAGGGAGCUGAAGACCUUUUGGCCAUGCCUUAAAAUUUUUUUCUAACCUCAAUAGGACCUCUUUCAACUUUUUUAAUAGAGAAAGAAGGAAAAGGAAAAAAUUAUUUUCUAAAAAUAUUAUCAUAGGUACAUUGUCUAACUUUUUCUUUUAGAAAAACGUGGUAGAAGCAGCACGAACAGGCAAAUUAGACCCAGUUUUGCUCUUUCCAGAAGGAUAUUGUAGUAACAAUACGGGUGUUAUGCAGAUGAGAAAAGCUGCCUUUGAAGAGGGUAUCAAUGUCUAUCCGAUUGCUAUCAAACAGCAUGCUAUGUAAGCUAUUUUACACAACAUACAACUUAUUGUCAGUCAAGGAUUUACUUUUAUAUGGGAUAGCAAAAAGAGUAAAGUAAAGGUAAUUGUAGGGUAUGAUAAGGGCAGGGGUAGGUUCAAGGAUAGGGUUACAGAUAAUAGUUUUAUCACAUCACAUAAACCUAUACCUUUUCAGCCUAGGUGACUCCUUCUGGAACGAGCCGACCUUUUUGCCCUAUAUCUUUCGAGUAAUGGCUUCAUGGUGUAUCAACUAUGAUGUAUAUUAUCUUCCCAAGCAACAACGUCAACCAACCGAAGACGGUGAACAAUUUGCAGCCCGAAUACAAAAACAAAUCGCUGACAAAAUCGGCGUACCUGCCGUACCGUUCGGUGGUACGGAAUUGUACAGAGUAAAACGAAUGUGCGAAAAGUUGAAUAUCAAAUAA